AUGUCUAAAGGAAAAGUUUGUUUGGCCUACUCCGGCGGUUUGGACACCUCCGUCAUUCUCGCUUGGUUGCUCGAAGAGGGCUACGAGGUUAUCGCUUUCUUAGCCAACAUUGGACAAGAAGAGGACUUCGAGGCUGCUGAGAAGAAGGCCUUGGCCAUUGGUGCCACCAAGUUUGUCGUCGUUGAUGUCAGAAAGGAGUUCGUUGAGAACGUCUGUUUCCCUGCCAUCCAGGCCAACGCCAUCUACGAGAACGUCUACCUUUUGGGUACUUCUUUGGCUAGACCAGUCAUCGCUCAGGCUCAAAUUAAGGUCGCUGAGGAGGAGGGAUGUUUCGCUGUUUCCCACGGUUGUACCGGUAAGGGUAAUGACCAAGUUCGUUUCGAGUUGUCUUUCUACGCAUUGAAGCCUGAUGUGGUCGUCAUUGCUCCAUGGAGAGACCCAGCUUUCUUCAACAGAUUUGCUGGUAGAAAGGAUUUGUUGGAAUACGCUGCUUCCAAGGACAUUCCUGUUGCUCAAACUAAGGCCAAGCCAUGGUCUACCGACGAGAACUUGGCUCACAUUUCCUUCGAGGCUGGUAUCUUGGAGGACCCAAACACCACUCCUCCAAAGGACAUGUGGAAGUUGACUGUGGACCCAACCGAUGCUCCUGAGACUCCUGAGGACUUCUCGAUCGAGUUCGAGAAGGGUUUGCCAACCAAGUUGAUUCUUGACGGUGGUAAGAAGGUUGUCACUGACCCAGUUGAGUUGUUCAUCGAGGCUAACUCUUUGGCCAGAAGAAACGGUGUCGGCAGAAUUGAUAUCGUUGAGAACAGAUUCAUUGGUAUCAAGUCCAGAGGUUGUUACGAGACUCCAGGUUUGACCAUCUUGAGAACUGCCCACGUUGACUUGGAGGGUUUGACCUUGGACAGAGAGGUCAGAGCUUUGAGAGAUCAAUUUGUCACCGUCACCUACUCUAAGUUGUUGUACAACGGUAUGUACUUCACUCCAGAGUGUGAGUACGUUAGAGCCAUGAUUCCUCCAUCUCAAAUCACUGUUAACGGUACCGUCAGAGCUAGAGCCUACAAGGGAAGUGUAUCGGUUUUGGGUAGAUUCUCAGAGACUGAGAAGUUGUACGAUGAGACUGAGUCUUCCAUGGAUGAGUUGACCGGUUUCUCCCCUGAGGACACCUCUGGUUUCAUUGCUGUGCAAUCUAUCAGAAUUAAGAAGUUCGGUGAGUCUGCCAGAGAUGCUGGUAGAAAGUUGGAGUUGUAA